UUAUUUUCUGAACAAGAAAUAAUUAAGUUCGGUCAUUAUUUCAAAGUUUUCACGAAUAAGGACAAAUGACCGCUUUCGUUAAUAUUGCACAGAAUUCUUUAAACAAUGGUUGACAGUGCAGUUGUAAAGAUCAGGCCAAUCAAGCUGAUAGCAGUGAUCUUUAGUGGAAUAACUGUUAUCCUAUUGAUCAGUAGUAUCGCCGGUAAGGAGUGGGUCGAAGUGAAAUUCCACCAUGACAACCGGCAAAGCAUCACAUGGGGAUUAUGGGAUAUCUGUGAAGGAGACUCCUGUUCUUCAAACACAACAGACUGGGUAAAGGUCUGUGCCACCUUUAGCAUUGUCUCCCUCCUGUUCAGCGUGGUAGUUGUUGGAUGUGGUAUACUUGGACUCUGCUCUUUGGAUAUCCCAAGGAGAAAACUUCUCUAUGUCAUAGCUGGUGGCAUUGUCACUCUUGUUGCUUUAUCUGACCUGCUGUCACUGAUCAUUUUUCCAAUAAAGUUUCGAGAGUCAAUACAGACAUUCAUCAACGUUAAGCGCUGGGACUUUGACUGGACCUACGGCUUUGGCUGGGGAGGGUUCAUCUUUUCUGUUGCAGCUGCUGUUUUCUUCUUCCUGCCAAUUGACGACAAUCACAUGGAGUCCAAACCUUUUUGAUAUGUACCAGCUAACAAUUAUUACCACAUAUUUCUUGUCAAAUUCAAAAAACAACCGAUAAGCAUCAAGACAAUAUGUAGCAGUUGAUGUAGCCAUAUACAAUGAUUGUACUAACAAAGUAUCUUAUUCCCACAAUGUAUAAAUUUUAGCAGUAUAAAUCUUAUUUUUAGAAUUUUUGGCUCUGUAGUUACUGCACUUAAUAAGGAUUGAGUUAAUUGCAUUUUUAUAUUGUUUUAGGAUGGCUCAGCUGAUCAGCUAAUCUGUUAAAUUUGAUGAUAUGCUCAAAUCUGAGAAUGCCCAAACUUGUACACUUACAGUAUAUACAGCUAGAGUUUAGCUUGACAGCUUUUUUUUUUAAACUUGCCAUUGUUUUAUUUUCUUUCUUAUAUAGACCCAGUAGUUCACCUUGUCUUUACAUAAACAAGAUAUUAAUUCUAUUUUAUUAUUUAUAUUAAUUAAACAAACUUUGUCUGAUGUAUAUCUACCAUAACUAAACUACACUACAGAAAUUCUUUAUAGUAACAGAUAUAAUAAUGAUUUUCAGUUUUACUUCAAAAAUUAAAGAUUAAAAACAAAAAAUAAAGAUUAAAAAACGACCCUAGUGUAUGGUCAUCAUUAUGUAUGAAAUAUUAGCUUGCAUUUUCUGUUACAAAAAAUGUGU